GGUGAUUCUUUGCUGCUUGCCUGCGUGCGGAAUUUCACAGUGAACCGUGUAGUGUCUCUCGGUGCAGCGCACGGGCCAGUUCGCGGCACCGUUUCUAAUCGUGGAAACAAUUCUCCGUUCCAGACUAGGACCUACGGUGUGUAAAGUGUGUUCCAAGGCACAUUACCACUGCCUUACGCUUGCGGCGGAAAGCAGAGCUGCGUCGCAUUUCAUCCAUCGUCGUGCUAUCUUUCGGUACCACCGUACUUGUCGUGUUGUGUUGGAAGUACAUUUUAUUAACCACCAGCAAAAGCGAAACGACAUUAUGGGUUUGGUCGAACGAAGUAAUAUGUCGGAAUCUACUCACUAACGUCCCGGGUCGGAUGCUAAAGAGCUAGCUUUACAUGAAGCUGGAUUUUAAUUUGUGCAUUAAAAAAAUCAAGCAACUCAGCGGAAACAGUGGCUGUACGGUAUUUAACCAUCGUGUGUGCGCUUGUGUGUGACCGAGCAAGUGCAGUGUUUUCUUCCUCACGCUUCCGUCGAUUAUUGCUUUAAAUACCCACCUGAUGGAAAGAAAAUAAAGUGUGCUAGCGAAUUUUCGAUUCAUUCUGCACCGGAACGCAGCGGAAGCUUAAUCAUUCGAUAGGAGCCGUGGAUGUGCGAGAAGGUGGGAAUACCAUCACCGGUGCGGGCAAAAGGUUUACCGUGACGCGUUCUGUUCAGUGUUUGACCCCGUGUGUACCGCCCGUUCCUCACCCUCUUGCCCUUCGUUGUACCGUUGCUUUUUUCGUUGUUGCUUUGGUGGACGUGUGCGCCAUCUGUCGGCAGCAACUCGUAGUGUGCGAAGACAACACGGCGGCGGAAUGCGAAACGGAGUAUGCUAUUGCUAGCAGCAGCGCAUUUAAAAGGCAUUCGUGAAACACUGUGAAUUGAAGCAGCAUAGUAUGCCCUGUUGAAACGUUGCAUUCGCAAAUUCGCACUGAAUUCGUUAAACGAGACAGAAAGUCCACGGGACGACGACGACGACAAUAUUGCAAAGCUGGUGAUUUGUGACUAUCGAUCCGCCGAAACGCACCAAAAGUUUUGGAACACGCUACGCCACAAAAGUGAAUCAGAAACGGGAAAUACUAUCCCUACGCCGUAACAGCACAUCCCACGCCGCGCCGGAGGAAACCCUGUGGUGGAAGGCAGGCUGAGAAUCAGCACAGAAAAAGGGAAUAGGAAAACCGGAUAGCCAGGCAAAAGGAAAAAGCCGUGCAGCGGCCAGCAAUAAAAAACGAUGAGUUCAAGCAACACAGCUGUGGACGAUGGCGGAGGUGGUGGCAGCAGCGGGAGCGGGAGUAGCAUCGAGGUCGAGUACAACGAAAUCGUGUCCCAGGGCGGCUGGAAUAGCGUGUUCCAGGACAUUCGCCAACGGAGCGAGCGGCAGGCGCAGGCAAAGGACUUUUCCACCAAUGAGUCGAAAAAGCUGGACAACCGGCGCCUCAACCGGUACCGGGACGUGCUGCCGUACGAUCACUCUCGGGUGGCGCUGAAGCGCGGUGAGAAUGACUACAUCAACGCAAACCUGGUCAAGAUGGAACGAGCCAGCAGAAAGUACAUCCUCUGCCAGGGUCCGCUGCCGCUCACGAUUGGACACUUCUGGCUGAUGGUGUGGGAGCACGACUCCCGCGCCAUCCUGAUGUUAAACAAGCUGAUCGAGCAGACGACGGUCAAGUGUCACCAGUACUGGCCGAGCAAGAUCGGCGAGAAGCACCGGCUCGAGCUGACCGACGUCAAGCUGUCGGUGGUGUAUCUGAAGUGUGUGGAGUAUAAAAACUUUUGCCGGAGGACUUUUAGACUGACUGAUACCGAGUCGGGCAAGAGCCGCGAGGUGAUCCAGUUCCACUACAUGACGUGGCCCGACUUUGGCAUUCCGAGCUCGCCAGUGGCGUUCCUGCAGUUUCUAAAGGAAGUGCGCGGCUCCGGAACGCUGGACAGCGACGUUGGUCCACCGAUCAUUCACUGCAGUGCCGGCAUUGGGCGCUCGGGGACGUUCUGCCUGGUAGACUGCUGCCUUGUUCUGAUCGACAAGGAGGGCGAGGAUCGCGUGUCGGUGCAGGACGUGUUGCUCGAGCUGCGCCAGUAUCGAAUGGGUCUGAUUCAGACGGCGGACCAGCUGUACUUCUCAUAUCAGGCCAUAAUUGAGGGCAUGAAGCGCAUGAACAACUCCUCGUUCGAGGACUUCGAGGAGCUGUCCGUGAUAUCCUCAUCCAGCCAACCAAACAGCGACCACGACACGGAGGAGAACGAGGACACACCGCCACCGCUACCGCCGCCUCGCACGUUUUCGCUCAAGCCAUUGCCCACCAUACCGACCAGCGAAAGUGUCCACGAGGAUUUCCUGCUGAUGAACAACGGCGAUCGGGAGAAGUUUACCAACAUGAUCAACCUGGAGAAGAGUAAGCAGUUCGAGUCGGGGGGUGUCGUCGAUGAAAGCAACAACCACCACCAUCACAGCAACAAUCACCGGAACAGCCAGCGCCACAGCAGCAACCAUUACCAUCCAUACAGCAACCGUCCGUUGCCGCCGGUAGUCCGCGAAAAGCCGCUCUGCAAGGUGAAUGAGUCGGACAGUGACGGUGGUGGUGGUGGCGGUGGCCGCGGAAGUGAAUCGAAUGGGGCCAGCGGUAGCAACAGCAGCGGCAACAGCAGUGCCGAUGAGGAGCUGAUCGAGGAGAACGAUAGCGACCUCAACGGGGACGAGGAGGAUGAGGAGCAGAACAACAAGGAGCUAAUCCUUGACGGCAUUCCGUCCGAUGGCCACAGUGAUACCGUUAAGAGCUCGCUGUUGGAUGACAGCAGCACGGCCACAACGACGACCUCGUCGAGCACGACGACCACCUCGUCGACGGGAGGAGGGGGAGGCACAUCGAGCAGCACCAGCAAGGCAGCGACGACGACCGGCAUGAUGUCCUCGACGUCGUACUCCACGUCUUCGUCCACCACUGCCAGUGCUAUCGGGUCGAACAACUCGACGCUCGAGUCGAACCGGGGAGGGGGAGGAGGCGCCUCCGCCGAGGUGUUCAAUGCUAACUCGAGUUUGCCACCGCUGCCGAACGGAGCCGUGGACGAUGGCGACGAGAUGAUCUCCAGCCCGGAGAGGGAAUUGUCACCGAACGCCUCGGAGCUACGCCGCCGGAAGCGCACCGAGCGUCACACGGCCAUGGAGGAGAAGAUACGCGAGAUCAAGCGCAAGCAGAAGGAGGUGGAAAGCAAGGGAUCGCCGAAAAAGCGCAGGUUAAUACUGUUUUCCAUUGCAGCUGGUGUUUGUUUCAGUGUUCUGUGCGUGUAUUUUUACACCAGGCAAAUGUAAAAAACAAUCUAGAGAGAGAAGGAGAGAGACGGAGGUGUCAUCGAUACAAACAUCGAAAUAUGCAGAGCAUGAUUGGGUUAAGAUUUAUUAAAUCGGAGAAUGGAGCAGCGAAGAUCAUUCCCUAUGCAGCCCUUCAAUUCGAAGAAGAAAAACAAAACACAGAACAGAAACAAACAUACAUUCGCUCGCUCCGCUAUCCCUUUUCCAUUUAUUUUCGCGCGCCGAAGAAUCGUCCGGCUGGCGAUGACGAGCCCCGAGGGCAAUCAUUUCGCUGAAGCAACGUUGUACCGUUCGUUCGGUGGUAACGAUUGCGACAGGACGAAAGGAAGCGACUGGAAAUCGCCCGUGCGCCUCGUUUGUUUAGGUGCUUUGUGUGUUGACAUGAAAAGGAUUUAGUUCGAUAACGCGUCGUAAGGCGGUGUUCCCACGUACGGUUAACCAAGGCUGUGGCGAGAAUGUGACGAAUAACCGAAUGCAUAUGAAUGCUAGGUCCGUCACUUUUACUACCAUUUUGUAUGCAUAAGACCGUUGGUCGAGACAGAGAGAGAGAGAGGGAGAGAGAGAGAAAAAAAAACAGGGAAAGCGAUCAAGUAAGCAUACCAACCUACCCGUGAUCAUCCAUCCUGUCCAAUUUGUUGAGCACAUUUUUUCGUCUUCGUGCUAGGCAAGAAUCUCUGUAAAUGAAUGGAAAAACAGCUACAGAUUCCCGCAGUAGCGUUAGAAUCUUACUCGGGAAACUUUAGAAUUGGUGGACGAAAAAAGAAGAAAGGACGAACGAGCAAAAUGCUUAGAUAAAUGUGAGAAUGAGAAUAUUGUAAAAUAGAAAUUAAUUUAAUUAUUUCCAGCUGUGGGGUUGUGGGUGGUUUUCGGAAGUGAAGGGACGAAGAUAUGGAGCAAAUGGAAACGAAAUGUAAAUUAGUGCACAACACAUAAACCUACGGAGUGCUAUUUGUUGAUUUUCCCUCAUUGCAUGCAAAAGUUCAUUUAAAGUGAUCCAUCCUUUUUUUCCUUUUUAAACACCCGCGAUUCGCGUAUGUGUGUGUAUUUUGAAAAUGAAGUUAAUCUUUUCGGACAAUAUGGUGGCAAAUCGCAAUCUUUCGACUGAAUAGAGCUUCAAUAGAAAAUUUUCAAAGUGUAUGUAGUAGUUGGGGUGUAUCGAGACACUGUUGAACACAAUGCUUCAACAAUAGUAUGGCUGAAAACUGUAUUAGAAAAUGGAAGAAUUUGAUGGAACUUCUUUAAUUUUCUCAUUUUUGCUUGACCGUUCGUUAUCAACAUGCUGUAUAUUCGUCAUAUUUAGAGAUUUAUUAGAUCUUUAUAUAGCUGCACUUACUGACUUUCUGUUGGAGGUUUUUUUUAUACAUACAUGUUUUUCAUUUCCAUCACUACGCUUAGUUGCGGUAACUAAUCAAAAAUGCAUAAAAAGUCUGCGCAGUCAAUCAUAUUGUUGGUUUGUAAUUUUCGACCCUAUUUUCUUAUUUUCCUGUUGUUGUCCUCAUUUUCUUAUGUGGCUCGGGUGUUUGUGUUCAAAUUUCCCAAUGAAAUAUUUUUUUAACUGAUCAAUUCAAAGCAUAAAAUGUCAUCAUCAAAACAUAAAAAUUUCAAAAAACGGUUAAAGAAAUCCAAACAGUGUAGGAACAGUCGCAAGGACUUGA